CUCCCGUUAUUACUGAACUACCAAGUACCAAGCCCCCCUAGAAAGGAAGGGGACUGCACUGCAGGCCUCCCCCCUCUGCUGCCGCCUGCCGUCGGGGGAGGUGAUCCCGGGGACCGCCGCCACCGAGGAGAGGGGGGCGACCAUGGCGAGGAAGCACGGAUGGCAGCUCCCAGCACACACCCUGCAGAUCGUUGCAAUUACUGUAUUCUUCCUUCUGGUGGUUUCAUUUUAUGCCUUCUUUGCACCAUUUCUGGGAAAGCAAGUCUUUGAGUAUGUUGCGAUAGGCAUUUAUACUCCCAUGGCGUUGGCUGUUUUUAUCCUUUAUGUCCGGUGCACAAGUAUUAAUCCUGCUGAUCCUGGGAUCAUGUCAAAGUUUGAGGAUGGCUUUAUCAAUGUACCAGCCAACAAUGAUGGAUUGGAAGGCAUAAACUUGCCCCAGAAAGCAAACAGUGCUACUGGAACACACUCUCCAACAUCUACUUGCAAAAGCUCUCUAGAUGGCCAUUCUAAUCACAGAGGUUCAUCUAUAGGGGAAGCAAACACAAAUCUAAGCUCACAACUGCCGAAGAAAAGAUCAAGCUGUUUCUUCUUUGGAGGGCUUGUGUGUGCUUUAUUUGUCAAGGAGGACUGCCGGAGAACUGAUGAUUCAGAGCAACAACCUAAUGGCGAAGAAGCUCUGUUUUGCACAUUAUGUAAUGCCGAGGUCCGUAAAUUCAGUAAACACUGCAGAAGUUGUGACAAGUGUGUGGAUGGAUUUGAUCAUCAUUGUCGGUGGCUGAAUAAUUGUGUUGGGCGGAAGAACUACUUCACAUUUAUUGCUCUGAUGGCAAUCAGUCUCCUAUGGCUUGCAAUUGAAUUUGGAGUGGGCAUUGCUGUUCUUGUUAUAUGCUUUGUUGAUAAAAAUUCAUCAAGAAACAUCCAAGACAAGCUUGGAAAUGGCUUGACACGUGCUCCAUUUGCUGUUAUCGUGGGUAUAUUCACUUUUCUUUCGUUAGUGGCAUGCGUACCUUUAGGGGAGCUUUUCUUCUUCCACAUGAUAUUGAUCAGAAAGGGGAUCUCAACCUACGAUUAUGUGGUGGCAAUGAGAGCUAUGAGUGAGGGACUUCCAGAAGAUGAGGAAGGAGCAAAUAUCAUAUAUUCCCCAUCAAAUUCAGCAACAACCGGAUUCAGUGUUGGAAGUUCUCUUGGCCUUCACCACAAGGGUGCUUGGUGUACACCUCCAAGAGUAUUUAUUGAUCACGAUGAAGUGAUCCCACAUUUGGACCCUGGGAUGGUACCAUCAACCGUUGAUCCUGAUGCUGCCGGAUAUGCCGACAGAGCAAACAAAUCCAAGAAGCCAAUUAAGAUAAGUGCCCGGAGCCUUGCAAAGCUGGACAGAAAUGAGGUAAUGAAAGCUGCAGCAAAAGCUCGGGCCUCAUCCUCCGUUCUCCGACCAAUAGAUGCCCGCCAUGGUCAUGAAGCUGAUAUCAGCUCCAGUGGCAAUGCCAGCGUCAGGAGUAGCAUGAGUGUUGACUACAGCGGUACAAAGGAAUCAAGGAGUGAGAUGAGGCUGUCUCCUCUUCAGAAUUCAUACCCACAGAGUGUUGCAAGCCAGGAUGACUAUGAGACUGGCACACAGACUGCAAGCAGUUUAAGUAGCCCGGUCCACAUCCACAAGCUUGCCUCGCAUUCUCAGUUCCGUGCAGCACCUCAUCCAGCUCCACUUCCUGAAAGGCCUGCUCCAGGGAUUACAAGGCCACCUGUUCCUUCUACACAGAUAAUCAACCCAAUGUUCCAGUCAGCCACAUCGUAUGUCCGGGAGAACCGAAGAGCCUCUGUUGUAUGGGAUCAAGAUGCUGGUCGGUACGUGUCAGUGCCCGCACAAUCAAGAACAGGGCCUGGUGUUGAGCUGCCUGCAAGAAACCCAGGUUUCUUGGCGAAUCCCAGCGGGGAACCAGGCAACCAUGGGAGAAAUCUUGCGCCUGCGAACACAUCGUCAUCAGCAAUUCCGUCAGGGCAGCCAUCCGAGAGACUGACAUACACGGGGCAAUCGAUAUUCUUUGGUGGGCCCAUCCUGAGUGCAACUGGCAUCAACGCUGAAAGGACUGAGGCAGGCACAAGAGCGCGCCCUGAAGGAAGCAGAGAUCCCAAUGUCCACCAGCGUGACGUCCGUGGCGAGAGGGCUCGGACUGGCUCCUUCCCGGUGUUUGAGCCUGGGAAUUUCUAGAGGAAUCUGCUUUAUUGACGUUGACUUCUACCAGCUGUUUUCCUGUUCUCUAUGUCAUCUGCUCAUGUGCCACCAUGACAAUGGGGUGAUGUUGAUGCACUGCACCCGCAUGAAGAAUCUGAACUGCUGAAACGGUUGCCUUCUGGGGUUGCAGCAAGGAGAAGCAGAGACCUCAAGAAUCACACAGAGAUGACGAUCUUCAGAGCUCAAUAGCGAGCGAAGAUGGUGCUAACUUUGUUCGAUGUUACAAACUGACUGAUCAAUACCCGUUGUUUCCUUUAGUGUGUGUUAGGAGUUGUUUGAUGUGUUUGACGCGUAGUAGAGAAGAGCCGAUCAAGCUCUUCCUGAUGUAAAAUCGUUUGAUUUACAGCUGACUUUCUUGCACAUUGGAGACCUGGGGAGUGAUCAUUACUAGCUGCUGUUUUAUUAAUGUCUCGUAGUUCUGCUUCUACCCCACAUGUGUGAUGUGUGUAAUGUCAAGGCAUCAUCUCCAAUUGUUUGGUGUCAGCUGCGCCUUAGCUAUGUAAUUUCAGAGCAUUCGAUUGUUUUGGUUA